AUGUGGCGGGUGGUGGUCGCGCGCUCCGAGGACAACAGCACCCUGCUGUCCUCCGAGAUCACUUCCGGCGCCGUCGCGCCCGGUCACCUGUCGACGCUGCCGGCGCCGCCGUCGGGCCACCAUUGGGGCUACCCGCCGCCGCCGCAUCAUCCGCCGUAUCAGCCGCAGCACCCGGACAUGCGUCACCACCACGACAUGCGUCCGCCCGCCUCUCACGGCGAGCUGCGGCACGCCAUCGCGACCCCCGGCGAUCUCAGGAGUCAGGAGCUGCGGCACGAGAUGCAGCGGCCGGAUCUGCGACACCCGGCGGAGAUGCAGAGGCAUCAGGAGGUGCAGAGGCACCAGGAGCUGUCCAGGCACGACGUCGCCAGGCAUCAGGACGUCCGGCACCAGGACAUGCCGGAGCUACGCUCCAGUCACGAAUUCUUGGAACUGAAGAUCGAUACGGAAUUAAGGACCCAGGACAAUGGCCAGCAGCAGCAACAGCAGCAGCAGCAACAGCAGCAGCAACAGCAAACGCAGCAAAAUCAGGGGCACCAGCAGAGAAGUCUGAAGAGGACCAUGAGCGACUCUGACUGCGACGAUGUAUUCUCAGAGGAGAGCGGCAAAGAGCCAUGCAACUCGCCCGGCGGAGACUCAUGCCAGCACGCGUCGCGGAAACGCAGGAGGGGAAUGAUCGAGAAGAAGCGGCGCGACAGGAUCAACGCGUCCCUCGGCGAGCUGAGGAGAUUGGUCCCGGCGGCGGCGAGGGAUCCUCACAGCGGAAAGCUGGAGAAGGCCGAGAUUCUGCAGCUCACCGUCGAGCAUCUGCGCACGCUUCGCAAUAAGGGACCAGAGGGCUACGACAGCACGAAGCUGGCCAUGGACUACCACGCGGUAGGCUGGGGCGAGUGCGCCGCCGAGGUGGGCCGCUACCUGGUCACCAUGGAGGGCCUGGACGAGAGGGAUCCCCUUCGGCUGCGCCUGCUGUCGCACCUGCAGAGCUUCCAUCGCGAGCAUCCCCCGUCGGCCGUGCCCUCCGCGGUGCCGCCGGCAUCCACGACGUUGACGUCCACCUCGACGGCCAGCAGCUACGAGCCGCCGCCGAGCACGGUCUCCGCCGGGAUGCCGCCCGGCCCGGGUGCCAUGCCGCCACUUCUGGGCGGCGGCACCCUCGGCUGGGGCCAGUACCCGGGUCAGUAUCCCCAGCAGCAGCACGGGAAACCUUAUCGACCCUGGGGCGCGGAACUGGCGUACUGA